ACUCCAGGUAGGGAGGAGAUUUGAGAGUAAAAAAACAUUGUAAUCAGCUUGAAGAAACAUUUUGGACUGGAUACUUUCACUAGUGAAACAUGAGGGGUGUAACAAUGGGUACAGAAGACGCAGCAGCUGCUGAAUGGCAAAAGUGAAAGGCAGAUUGAUCGAAGUUCCAUUCACUGUUAUAUUUCAUCAUCACAGGAUGAUCCUUUCUCGCUCAUGGACGCUUGUUAAACAUUUUGAGGGUGCACCAAAACCAUCAGACUUCAAGCUAAAGGAAGUUGGAUUAAGUCCAAUAAAGAAUGGAGAAGUGAUGCUGGAAGCUGAGUAUUUUAGUGUGGAUCCUUAUAUGAGGCCAUACAGUAAGCAUAUGAUGAAGGAAGGCGAUGUCAUGAUUGGAACUCAAGUUGCCAGGGUUUUGGAAAGUAAAAAUUCAGAGUUUCAGGUUGGCAGUUUUGUUCUUUCAAAUGCUGGCUGGACAACUCAUUCCAUUUCUAAUGGCAAAGAGUUAACACCACUGCUUGCCAAUUGGCCUGCUCACAUUCCCAGAUCACUGGCUCUUGGGACAAUAGGAAUGCCUGGACUGACUUCUUAUUUCGGUCUUCAUGAAAUCUGCUGUGCAAAGAAAGAUGAAAUCGUGCUGGUCAAUGGUGCUGCUGGGGCAGUAGGAACAAUCGUUGGUCAGAUUGCAAAAAUCAUUGGAUGCAAGGUUGUUGGCUCCGCAGGAUCAGAUGAUAAAGUCCAGUAUCUGAAGGAAAUUGGAUUUGAUGAAGUUUUUAACUACAAGACUGUGAGCUCUUUGGAAGAAGCCUUGAAGAAAGCAUCUCCUGAGGGAUAUGAUUGCUUUUUUGAGAAUGUUGGAGGUGAGUUUGCAGAUGUGGCGUUGCUGCAGAUGAGGAAGUAUGGAAGGAUUGCUGUAUGUGGGGCUAUUUCCCUGUACAAUGAUACAGUCCCAAGGAAAGGGCCGUAUGUUCACUACCCUUUAAUCUUCCAAGAGUUGCGUAUGGAAGGAUUCACAGUACAGCGCUGGCUGAACCGAUACAACGAAGGUCUGGAAAAGCUGAUGCAGUGGGUUGUUGAGGGAAAGCUAAAGUAUGAUGAGCACAUCACUAAAGGGUUUGAUAACAUGCCGUCGGCUUUCAUCGGAAUGCUUAAAGGAGAUAACAUUGGGAAAGCCAUAAUUACUGCUAAAUAAGCGCUAGAGGAGCAAGGAUCUGCAGCAUCUAGCAAGUCAAAAGAUUCACUGUAGAAAAUGACUCAUGCAUUCAUGUCACCUUUUAAGUAACACGUAUCCAAAAUGAUGAAACUAGUUUUUUUUUCAAUAAAAUCAGGUUAUUCCUUUCCUGUCUGUAUACGGCAAAUGACCCCAAUCUCAUAAACGCGCACAGUAAUUGUGCAGUCAUACUGUCA